AUGCUGGGAAACUUCAUCAAGAAAGAUCGAAAUGCACAAUUCGGUGUUGCAUUCACAUUCGGUGGCUUUCUUUUCUUCCUAUUUGGGAUCGUCACUUUCUUCGACCGUGCCCUUCUAGCAUUAGGUAACAUAUUAUUCCUAAUCGGUGUCUUAUUAAUCAUAGGACCCCACAAGACAUAUAAUUUCUUCAAUAGACCAACGAAAAGGCGCGGUUCUAUUUGUUUCCUUAUAGGUAUAUCAUUGAUACUUUCCAAAUGGACAUUUAUUGGAUUCAUCAUUGAAUCAUUAGGAAUUGUCGGAUUAUUUGGUGAUUUCUUUGGAAUUAUUGUCCAAUUCUUAAGAUCUUUACCUAUUAUUGGUCCUAUUUUAUCAAAUCCAGCUAUCGCUCCAUUUAUAGAUAGAUUGGCUGGGAUUAGCGUACUGCCUGUGUAA